AUGAACAACCAGGCGUACAGCAACUUCACAGACCUCACAGGCUCCACAGCCACCAUUGGCGGGGAACAAGGACCAGGAGGUUCUCAUGAAGGGAGAUCAGUAAGAACCUUCAUCAAGGGACUGUCAUGGCGUCACCUGGCUGUCGGAUGCUUUUUUCUCGCUCUUCUGGCCAUGGUCAUCGGCAUCUCAGUUCACUUUGCCAAGACAGGCACAACAAGAGAAGAUGAAGGAUGUAUUUCCCCGUCACCUCGUGUUAGACAAGAUUUACUUCAAGAUCCAGACUUUGGGGCGCUACUUGUAUUUUUCUGGCCAUGGUCACCUGACAUGGAGGAUACAAACAGUCCGAUGUACGAGGAAACAAUCAGUAAAGCUGAAUACUGGGUGACAAAGAUUUUCCAGACCAGUUCACUUUCCUCUUGCAUCAGGUCUGCUGCGAUGAAAAUGACGAGACUAGUUGGCAAUAUUCUCGUCAUCUUGCAACUGUCUGUGAGCUGUGACAGUGCAGGAGAAAUUGAAAUAAACAGAGCCUACAUCGAGGGUCACGCGCUCCUGCAGCGAACACAGGACAGAAGCUGUGUGGUCAACAUCAGUAAAAAUAUUUACCUUCAGAGAUGGAGGAAGAACAUCACUAUCACAGACCCGGUACCACCAUCUGCUAUUCCUGACACCAUCUGUGGUCAGUCUCAGCUGUACCCUGUUCCUAAAAUUGUGGGUGGUCGGCCUGCAAAACGUGGACAGUACCCGUGGGUAGUAAAGCUAGAUACAGAAAAAGAUAACAUUUCGUAUUCAUGUGGAGGCACCAUCUGGGACUACAACCACAUUCUAACGGCGGCACACUGCAUUGAGAUGUUGCAGAGAAAUAGCAUCACAGGGCUGGUAGACCCACAAGCAAUUACGGUCACUGCGGGCAAGUGGGAGUCUGAAUCAAAUCUUUUCCCUUAUGAGCAACAAAGAAGUGUCGCGUCAGCACGAAUUCACACAGGCUACUACAAUGAUAAUAAAAGUAUAGCAAACGACAUUGCCUUAUUGAAACUGGCCGAGCCGUUACAUCCCACCCAGCUGGUGAUGAAAGUGUGUCACCCUCAUGCCAGCACCCAGCUACCAAAGAAGGGCAUUGUUGCAGGCUGGGGACAAACGAAAGAUGGACAGACAUCAACACCUGAGGUACAGCAAAGUGUAGAACUAAGUCUACUAGACCAGAGCGACUGUGAAAAGCAUCUAAUUAAUUACUUUCCUAACAACAUGCCAUACGACCUGGCAAACGGGUCACUAUGCGCAAUUGACGAUGAUCUUGAAGAAAGAGAUUCUUGUCAGGGGGACUCUGGUGGUCCGCUUUUUGCGAAUCUGGGCACCGGAGGAGUUGACCGUUACACAAUCCUUGGCAUCGUCUCGUACGGUGAUGGAUGUGGAAAAAAGUUAAAACCUGGAGUGUAUGCUUCGGUUCAGUAUUACCUUGACUGGAUCCAAAACACAAUAUUAUUUUUAGGAUAGAUGUAAACUUUAACAUCCAUUUAUCGCAUUGCAUGCACAGAGGAUCUGUCUGUUUCUCCAUAUUGAUACAUCCAUAGGUAACGAGAAAAGGUAAAGCAAAAGAUGUAUUCGUCUGAGGUCGUAUGAUAAACUAAACAAUAUAGGAAAAGCUCUUGAGAUAUAACAAACCUUUCUGCAAGCCACUUUAACAGUGGUAAGUGCCUUAUUUACUUAAUAAUUAUGUAUUAUGAAUGUUUAUUUUAUUUUUAUUUACCAAAUAAUAAGCACAGGAACUGAUCUAACUAUAGUUGUUUGUACUUAGGAGUAUAUAGAACCAAUACAAAAAUAACUUUUGUUAUGCUGGACAUUGUAAUUAACUAAAAAUAUGAGUCGAAUUUAAUAUUCGCAGCACCUAAGACGUAGUCUAUGACUGGAUAUUGCACAGUUUGUACAGGUGUACACCACAGGUCAAUGACUAUUAGCAUGCAUCUUGUGAUAUUCACAAUAUUAAUUGCAGAUUGCAAAAACUUACUGUGAAGUUUGCAUUUUGACCGCCAUAUCAGUGUUGAGCACAUACAAAUUAUAAGAAAUGACUAAUUUUAUUUCACUAACAUGACUUUUGUAAACAUUUGUUGACCGGUGUUAUUGUACAGACCUGUGUUACUCGAGAACUUCUCACCUUUUUACUUUUCCAUCUAAUUUAAUGGAACUGAUUCCCAAAUUCAAACGUUUACCUCGUCACAACGUAUCCUCUAAGGAGCCACACAGAAGUCUUUUGUCUUCAGCAAAUCCUCAGGAAGAGAUCCCUUGUCCUCUCUGUCCCUGCUCAUGCAAUGGCAUGUGAGUUUUCACUAUUGUAGUCUGGCGGUAGGUACCGAUGUCUGUAUACAGAACCAAUCAUCACAACUCAUUCAUUGCACGUGCCAUCACGUGAUAAGCUCUGCUGGCCGUCAUCUUGGACUAGCCUGAGGUGACCUGGGGUCAGCCACUGUAUCUGCUGUUAGCUGUGUAUUGGGGGGGGGGGAGAAAGAAUGUGUGAUAGAGACACUAUCUCAACAUGUACAUGUAUAUUACCUCUUUCAUAUCAUGUGUAUGUAUAUAUUAUUGCUAGUACGAGCACUGUCGUGAACUGCCCCUGGGGAUCAUUUCAUCUUCCCUUUAAUAAUGUGAAGCUCUCAGUGAUGUUACUCUUAAUUCAGAAUUAUGAUCGUUGUCACCUGUAGACUACAGACACAAGUUACGAGCCUUGUGACUACAAAAGCUCUUGAUCACUUUAUCAAAGUCAAUCUUAUUGACAAGGUCGAGCUGGAUGACCAAAUGUCAAUAUUUGUUGAUCGUGAAAUACAAAUUGUGGAUCGCAGAUAGUUUGAUUAGCUUCGACUUGAGAAAGCUUCUUCUUUUGAAGAUAACAACGCUGACUCUAUUAGUUAGGGAAAUUUAAUGAUGAUGGUAAUGUUUGCAAAUUAAUUUGUGCUGGUAAAUAAAAUUCAAAAGUUCAAUAGCACAUUGUUUUAUUUUGGCUGCUUUUUCUGAAGAAAUCUCAACAAACUUUUGAGGUCGAUUCUGUUGAAGAAUGAAUUUAGACUUGUUCAUGUGGUCAGCAGCAUGCUGGGGAUGGAUCUCUAAUGUGGGAAGCAGAAAGAAAUUCAGACUUCUCGCAACUUUGUUGAACUGUUCUAGUCUACUUGCCUGUGUUUGAAUAUGCCUGUGUGUGUGUGUGUGUGCGUCUGUGUAUGUGUGUGCG